CAGCAGUUGCAGGCACAGCUUAGGCGAAAUGUACUAUGGAUCUUGCAGGAGGAAGAGCAAGAGGGACUGGGGAUCGGAUUCGGCCGAAGACGCUCAGCCAAGGGUCGCUUCAUCUGCUGCCGUGUGAUGAAAAGAAGCAUCAAUCCGGCGUGUGCCUGUAGCGUCACGGGUGAGGCUAUAUAUGCCUCUUUUUAAGCGUGGCUUGUCCCCCAUCUCAGCGUGUUUGCUGCAGGCUUGUCCCGAGAACUUUGGCAUGUGGUUUAUUUUUUUUGAGCGCCGAGUGCCUGCUGGGUGUGCAAAAGCAUUCAAGAGGCAGCGAUUGAUUUUUCAAUGUGCUUGUCUGUCAGGAGGCCUGCGUAUUUAUGGAAACCGACGCGUUCUGUGAGAGCGUGCUCGGAACAUGGAAGCUCGCUCGCUUAUUUCAGAGCAACCCCAGGGAGGCGGCUUCCAGGUGUCGUCCCCGCAAGAUGGGAUUGUCCCAACAGCUUGUGGCCCAGCAAAGGUUGCAGUGAUGGGGUUUAGCAGCCAAGAAAAGGCUGACGGGGUUUAGCGUAAUCUCAUUAGCAGGUUGUCUGGUGCUUCCAAGGUCUUAACUUGCCUCUGUUGAAGUUUCCGGCGUAAUUUGCUGCUGUUUGCAAGAGAAAACAGGAUGCCGGACAGUGAGGGGCAAGUCCAUCUCCCGGUCUUGUAGAGCAGUUGGAUUGUAGAUGCAUCUUUUAUUGUUUGCAGGGGGAGUUAUAUGCGCCUUUGGAGUUACUAAAUGGGUGACUUUUAAAACAUAAUUUAUCAAUUGCUGCUAAUGCAACAGGAGGGAGGGCUUUUUUGUCUGUGGAGCACUCCAGGCCAGCUCACGCCAGAUUUGUCAUCUUUUCAGUGCCAGGUUAAGACGGCCCUCUUCUCCGAGGCCUUUAAAGAUUUCCUUGGCUUAUCACUCAUUCCGAGUGUUUUGCCAAGUAAUUUUCGCUACUGUCUCUUCUGGUGCUGUAAACUUUUCAAUGUGUUUUUCUGAUUUUAUGACAUUUUAAUUGUGUUCUUGAAUUGUUUGCUUCUGUUGUGCGAUGUAUACCACCCAGAGGGCUUUGGCUGUGGGGUGGAAUAGAAAGGAAAUAAUGAUUCUAUCACGGAGUGAUUGGGAAGCAGAGUUGCUGUAGCGACUGAAGGUGGACAACUGAAGAUGGCUGCAUGCGCCCCAGGAGGGUCUUCACCACCGGCAUCCUGGGGGCCUGAAAGUGAACCUCUGCCCCACGGAGCCCUUGUCACCUGGGCCCUGAGCAUCUAGUUAACACGCUGCACCUCCCAAGACUGACUCUUCUGGGCACACGGCCGUUUCGCACUCGCGUGCAGUGCGGGUCUUGUCUUUUCAGCCCCUCGGGUGGGGGGCCUGGAGAUGCAGGCGCUGCUCCCAAUGGCAGAACGAGGGGGAAAGAUGCAGCUCAGGGCCCUGCGUGCCGACAGCCCAUGCUCUGUGCCACAGAAAUGUCAAAUGGCGUCAUGCACGGAAGGAAAUCCCAUAUUGCACAUCGCUGCCUUGCUUUGCAGAGAGCCGGUGUGCUUAGGGGUGCUGGAUCCGGGUUCGAGUCCCCGCUCGGCCAUGGAGCCAAGUGGGUGGUUUUGGGUCAGUCACAGAGUCUCAUCCUGACCUACCUCUCAGGGUUGUUGUGAGGAUAAGAGUGAGAGCGGGAGGAGGAACGUUGUGUAAGAUGGUCUUGAAUUCUUUGAAAGGAGAAAAGGCAGGAUAGACACUUAAUAAACAAAUUCAGAAGCUGGAAAAGUUCACUAAUGGGAGCAUGGUGCUAAAAUAUGAUUUAAAUAGCAUUAAUGAGGAAUCUGAAGUCCAGAUAACGUACAGAUUUGCGUUUCUGAACUCAGUUGAACAUGGCCCAGAGGAACUGUGGGCUGAAACCAGAAAUGUUAUGAGGGAAGAAUGCUAAAAUGUUAUUGUUUUAAUGUAUUUUGUAUUUGAUGUUGUAAGCCACGAUUUCUGUAGUGAUGAUGAUGGGGUGGGGGGGCGCUCAUCUUCAUUUUGCCUGAUGCUGGAGGCAGACUGGGAGUCUCUGCAACUCUUUAAAAAAAAUUCUUAACAUAUACAGAUACUUAGAAGAAAAUGUGGAACAGAAAGAACUAAUAUAAACAGAACAAACUAAGAUAAACAAAGUGAGCAAAGUCGCCAAGCGAAUUUUAAACAAAUGCAGUCUAUACAUUAACUCUCCCCUUUGCAACUUUUAAAGUAGUUGGAAUCGAUGGCCAUCAGUACUGCAUCCUGUGGCAGUGAGUUCCAAAGUUGAAUUACAAGCUGUGUGAGGAAGGACUUCCUUUCAUCUGUCCUGAACUGAAAUGUUGGGGUGACUCUGGGUUCCAAUAUUUUUUUAUAUGAUGUAUAAAACUGUAUCCAAUAAUCCCAACUGGGAUUCUCUAGGUGGUGUACAUCCGUCAACAAUGUAAUACAAAAUUAUGCAAUACAUAGCAAUUAAAAUAGUUUAAAAACUAUUAAAACAUAAAAAAUACCAAAACACUUCCACAUUAAUAUUUUAUACAAAUUUAACCACCGUCCGGGUAGUGAUUGACUCAAUAAAGGAAUUAGUUCAUUUGAACAAUCCACAGAUUUUGAAAUUAUUGGAAUAUUGCUCAAUUAUUAAAAUAUCAAGCAAGCAGAGCGGUUUCAGCCUGGCGCUGAAACGAUUGUAAGGAAGGUGCCAGGCGAGCUUCUCUGGGGAGCCGGUUCUGAAAAUAGGGUCCAGCCACCGAGAAGGCCCAUCUUCUGUUCUCCAUCCCUUUCGUCUCCUUUGGGGUUGGCACUUCAACUGAACAACCGGGUAGGUACAGGUGGGAGAAGGCAGCCCUUCAGGUCAAUAGUCCUUCAGUAUAUGAAAAGAGGGGGAAACAAUUUCCUUGGUCACUUUCUCUGCACCACCCGUAGCUUCCUCUUCCUCUUCCUCUCUUGUCUCCCCACCUCGCUGCUGUUUGAAGCAAAAUCAUUCCAGACGUUGGAGGAGCCACUGAGGAUUUGACCUGCCCUUACUGCACUUCUCCAGCUCAUCAUUCUUUUUUUUAAGUGCACUGGCCGGAAUUGUGUGCCGCACUCCAACUGGGCAGUUUAAUUCCUUUUCUCUAAUUAUACCUACCAUGGAAUUUGCCCUUUUCGCAUUUGUCUGGGUUGGCGUUUUGAUUAAGCCGUCCAGAAGAACCCUAAGGUCUCUUUUUGGGUGGGUGGCUUCAGGCUCAGAUCUCAUCAGCACGGCCGUGGAAGUGCCCAGUUGCUUUGUACUGGGCCACACUGGCCAUUUUUAUGCCUUUUCUUCCCCUUUGGAGAGAUUUGACUUACGGAGCAUGUGAAUAAGCAUGACUCAGGGAGUCCGUUCUUUGUGUUUUCUGUGUGAGUCACUGUUCCACGCAUGACUUCCACCUGAAUGAAGUCUUCCACUUCUCCGCCUCAGCGAGCAAUCAGAACAGUCGCUCCCUGUGAAGGGAUGGAGAAGGACCACCUGCUCUUCUCAGAGUCUGAUUCAAAGGCCAGAACUGCAACUCAUGCAGAGAUGCAGCAACGCCUCUUCGGUGGGUGCAUCAUCUUGGAGGUGCGGUAGGGUACAUUUUUCAUUUUGACAUACAUCUUGAGACUUGUCGUGUGGGCGGGUGAGCAUAUCCUUGCAUUUCUCGACUGUUCAGGGAAAAUUCAUGUUGAUUUGGGUUUUUUUUAACAUGAUCAAGAGGAGACUUUUAGGUUGCUAAGCUGGAAGAGGCAACAUUUUGCUGACACUGAUUGGAUAGGCCUUGCUUAAAGAGUGAGCAAACUCGAGGCUGGUAUCAUUAAAGCUUGCCAGUGAUUCAUUAGAUGACAAUACUGGCUCUGAACUGUAUUUUUUCACCUUCCACACCAAAUAUUAAUUGCAUGGCUUUGAGCUUAAUGCAUAAAUAAGAAAAAUAAACAGAAAGCCUGCAUUAGAAAACCUUUCUAAUUCUGUUGCAAUAACAAAAUGUUUGCCAGACUGUGACACACCCUGAGCGAUGGGGAAAGGAAUAACACAGCCCGUCUUUUUAGCAAAUGCGGGUCUGUAUGGAGAACCCUCCCCCAUCUUGAGCCAAUACUGUGGUUUGGACUGGAAAUCUGGCAAAUACAUUGCAUCAGUGGAAAAACAUUUUGCAGUCGCUUCGGCCUGGUAUGUUUAAAGGGUUCAGGACUCUCUUAAUGAAAAGGGGCAUGCGUGCGCACUUUGAAAAGGCUUUGCCUCCUGCAGCAGAGAGUUCGUAGGAAAAUACAACAUGAGCUCAUUUGCUGAUUGAAUCGGACGCUGCAAUGUGACUUAGAGCAGGACUGGGUCAUGUGCUGGAAGUCUGAUAUCUCCGCUCCUCUGACCUCGUGGACUGGCUUCAUCAUCGCUGGAACUGGGCCCGGGGUUAUGGAGAGGGCUCCCCUUUGUCCGGUGUGUCUGUGUCUGUGUUUGCUUGUGCUCCGAGGGCAGGAGGCCGUGGUGGCUGUUUCCCGUAGCCCCGGCUGUCCCUGCCCUGCCACGUUGGCACAGGCGUGCCCAAGGCCCGAUGGACUUCUGAGCACUUGCCGCUGACACGCCAGGAAGAGCAUGGUGAAGCACCAACCUCUGCAGUACUACGAGCCGCAGUUGUGUUUGUCAUGCCUGACGGGGAUUUACGGGUGCCGCUGGAAACGAUACCAGCGGUCACAUGAUGACACCACAAAGUGGGAACGCCUCUGGUUCUUAAUCCUCGCUUUUUCUUUCUUCCUGACCCUGAUCUGGUUUUAUUUCUGGUGGGAAGUGCACAACGACUACAAUGAAAUCAACUGGUUUUUAUACAAUCGAAUGGGAUACUGGAGUGACUGGUCCAUUCCAGUCCUGGUGACGACAGCGGCCGGGUUCACAUACGUCACGGCAUUACUGAUCUUAGCAUUAUGUCACAUAGCGGUCGGACAGCAAAUGAACCUGCACUGGAUUCACAAGAUUGGGUUGAUAACAACCUUAAUAUCGACCGUUGUGACGAUGUGUUCUGUGGCCCAGCUGUGGGACGAUGAGUGGGACAUGGUAGUCCUCUCACUACAGGCAACCGCUCCUUUCCUGCAUCUCGGAGCCCUUGUAGCCGUCACGGCCCUGUCCUGGUUGGUCUCCGGGCAGUUUGCACGAGCUGAAAGAACCACUCCCCAGAUGCUGAUGUUCGGGGCCUACUUCGCCAUCGUCCUUGCGCUUUACCUGGUCCCGCUCACCAUCUACUCGCCUUGCAUAAUGGAGAAGGAGGACCUGGGACCCAAACCGGCCAUUAUCGGUCACCGUGGCGCGCCCAUGAUGGCACCUGAAAACACUCUUAUGUCCUUCCAGAAGGCGGUGGAACAGAAGGUCUACGGCGUGCAGGCAGAUGUGGUGAUAAGUUACGACGGGGUGCCUUUCCUCAUGCAUGACAAGACACUGAGGAGGACCACCAACGUGGAGGACGUGUUUCCGGAGCUGGCCUACGAGCAUCCCUCCAGGUUCAACUGGUCCGAACUGGAGAGCCUCAAUGCCGGCGAGUGGUUCUUGAAGUACGAUCCCUUCUGGACGGCCGAUUCCCUCUCCAAGCCGGACUUCGUAAAAGCGGCGAACCAGUCGGUGUGCAAGCUGGCCGACAUGCUGGAGGUGGUGCGGGGCAACGCCACCGUCCUCCUGAACCUCCAGGACUUGCCCCCGGAUCAUCCGUACCACGGCGCUUCCGUCAACGUCACCCUGGAAACACUCCUCACGUCGGGCAUCCCUCAGCAGGCUGUGAUGUGGCUGCCCAGCGCGGAGCGGAGGCUGGUUCAGGAGGUGGCCCCGGGCUUCCAGCAGACCUCCAGCAUCAAGGGGGAUGCCCAGCAGCUGCGGGACGGAGGCUUCCGGAAGCUCAACCUGCGCUACACCAAGGUCUCCAGCGAUGAAAUCAGGGCGUACGCAGCGGCCAACCUGAGCGUCAACCUGUACGUGGUGAACGAGCCCUGGCUGUACUCGGUCCUGUGGUGCAGCGGCGUCCAGUCCGUCACCUCCGACAGCGCCCACCUGCUGCGCGCGCUGUCCUCCCCGCUCUGGCUGAUGCCUCCGGAUGAGUACUAUCUGAUCUGGAUUAUAGCUGAUAUAAUCUCGUUCAUCGUCAUCACAGGCGUGUUUAUAUUCCAGAACUAUCACAUAAUCAGGUGGCGCCUGGGAAGCAUCCGCACCUACAACCCCGAGCAGAUUAUGCUCAGUGCAGCCGUGCGCCGGUCCAGCCGAGAUGUGAACAUCAUGAAAGAGAAGCUCAUCUUUUCGGAAAUCAGCGGCGGGGUGGAAGGCACGGACGAACUCUCCCUCUGUUCCGAAAACGGCUACGCCAAUGAGAUCGUCACGCCCAUGGACCACCGAGAAGUGAAGCUUCGCAUCAACUGAGCGGGCAGACACGGGGGGGGGCUCCAUAACCCCCCCCUUCUCUACUCGUGUGCAACAGCUCUUCCAUGAGCAGCUCGGGACUGAACUCCUUUUACUAAACCAUAAAGACACUGACUCUGUAAGGGUGGCCGGGUGCCUCUCCAGAAACUGAAGCUGGACUGGGUUUCUUUAUUGUUUUGUAAAUAUCCCCCCCUUUGUGGCCCUUUUCUUGCCUGGUGUUGGGAGGGGGCAGGAUUGGCCACGUCCGCGAGGAGAAAGCUGGUGGCCGCUGGGCUGGGCCAUCUGCCGGGCGACCCGGCGAAGAGAGACGCCCCACCGACGGCCCCCUCCCCUCCCCCCCCUCGUGCAGCGAUUGUUAGCUGAACUUAUUUAAAUAUGUAUGUUGUGA